ACGCCUCCCAGCUACGAUCUUACACGCUACUGUCUCGUAUUAUCUUCUAUGCUCCGUACUGUGUCCUCCAUACUCUGUGCUCCACGCUCUGUGCUCCACGCUCUGUGCUCCUCUUCACUACCAUAUUCUACUUCGCCAAGGGGGAACCAGCCAGGAGGGACCAGCCACGGGGAAGCCAUGCCACACUACAAGCUGGUAUACUUCAACCUGCGGGGACGCGGUGAACCCAUCCGCUGGGUCCUAGUGGCCGCCCACCAGCCCUUCGACGACGUCCGCUACAACAGGGAGACGGAGUGGCCCUUCAAAAAACCAGAAAUACCGUAUGGGAAGGUGCCGAUUCUGUACGUGGACGAGAAGCCGCUGAGCCAAUCAGUGGCAAUAUGCCGUUACCUGGGGAGGACGCACGGCCUGGCAGUCGAGGACCCGUGGGAGGCGGCCAAGGGCGACGAGGUGGCCGACUCCGUCCACGACCUACUUCCUCACGCUGCCCAGAUAGUUUAUGCUAACUGGCCACGAUCACGGCGGAGGCUAGCUCCCCGGCCAUACUUAAGACAUGCAAAUGAUGUAGAAAAGGCAAAGAUGUUAGCAACAGAAUUCUACACAAGCACACUUCCACCAGUGAUGAGGGAGCUAGACCGCAGACUUGAGGGGCGAGAGUGGUUCUGCGGAGAUAAGAUGACAUGGGUUGAUGUGUAUGCAGCCUGUUACCUUAGCCAACUCAGCACUCACCAUGAAAGUUCGAUGGAAGCAGUACCACGUCUGAAAAGUGUUGUCGAUAGAGUACUGAAGCUUCCACAAAUUGAAAAGUGGAUAAAAGAGCGUCCAGAUACUCCAAUGUAAAAUGUAGAAUAACAUACAGUAUAUGAUGAGGGUCUUCAUAAUACAAUCAUUUACUGAACUUAAUUCUAUUCUUCUCUGAAGAUAAAUGACUGAUUUAUUAUUAUGUAAGUUCUAAAUACUGCUGUCAUAUAUUAAACUUUGUAUAAUUUUUGAAUGCAUAUGUAAUGUGAAAUUAAAUAUUUUAAUAUAUUAUAAAGUCUGAUAAUUUAAAUUGUAUACUAAAAUAACAGUACAGAAAUAAUUAUUUGUUAAAAUGUCUUAACCACUGCACAGCUCUGCAUUAACCCUUAAACAGUGCAAAUCAUACAUAUAUGAUUUGAGUAACUGUCACAAAACGGCACAAAUCAUAUAUAUAUAUAUAUAUGAUUUGUUUAUUUAAAAUAGUUAAAAUAGUCCUACACACACACACAGAGCUCACAC